GAAUGACAUAGAGCUAGCAUUAGGUCUAGCUGAUCUUAACAUGGCCUUGUUUGAGGAUGAGCCUGCUAAACUCAAGGUUGACAGUUCAGCUGAGCAAAAGGCUCAUUAUCAGAAGUGGGAAAGGGCUAAUAGGCUGAGUAUAAUGGUCAUGAAGAAAUCUAUUUGUUCAGCCUUCAAAGUGAGUGUUCCAAAUGAGACAAAUGCAAAAAAAUUCCUUGAUGCUAUUGGGCAGCGAUUCCAAGAGUCUGAAAAAGCUGAGACUAGGGAGCUGAUGCAGAAGUUAUGUAAUAUGCAGUAUGAUGGUGUGUCUGGGAUUAGGGCUCAUAUUUUGAAAAUGCAGGACAUUGUUGAUCGCCUCAAUAGUCUCAAAGUGACCAUAACUGAACCUUUCCUAGUUCACCAAGCCUUAAAUUCCCUUUCAAUAUCUUUUGGCCAAAUUGGAACCCUAUACAAUGCUCAAAAGGAAACCUGGCAUGUGAACCAACUUAUUUCUAUUUGUGUUCAAGAAGAAGAAAACCAAAAGAAACAGAAGGCAGAGAGUGUGAAUCUUGUGUAUCAACCACAUUUAGGUAAAGAUAGUCAUAGCAAAGGAUAUUUUCACCACCACAAGAGGUCUGGGUUCAAUAAUAGAGUCAAGGGUAGGAAGUUUGAAAAGAAACCUGGUUAUAGACCCACUGUAGUAAGACCUAAAGCAGAUAUCAGGAAAAAUGAAGUCUAUUGGUUUUGUCAUGAGGAAGGUCACAAGAAAAGGGAUUGUGCGCAAUAUAGGGCUUGGUUAGAAAAGAAAAACAAAGAAGGUAAUUUACAAACCUUUGCUUGUCUUGAAACUUCUUUGAUAGACGUUCCUCCUAACUCUUGGUGGUUAGAUAGUGGGAGUCUUAUUCAUAUUUCUAAUUCCUUGCAGGGGUUUGUAAAUAAAAGGAAAAUAAAUGAGGGAGAAGUCAAUCUGCAUGUAGGAAACGGAGUCAAAGUCGAAGUAGAGUUCAUUCUAAUAACCCAUAAUUUGUAAUUCUCUCCGUUGAACAUUGGAGGAGAAGAAAAUGAAUUUGUUGAAAAAAAAAAAGACAUUUUGAAAUGUUGUAGAAAAACAAGAAUCUCUCCCUUGUCACUCAUGUUUCACUCUCUAAUACCUGUCUAAAGUUUCUCAUAGAUCCCUCAAAAACUGUAAGCUGUAAUACUAAUUUGAAGAUGUAAAGAUGAAAACUUAAUUGAAAAUGAACAUGAAAUGAACAU